AUGAUCUCAGUUGGCCUCCAGCUUGUGGGGUACGUCCUUGGGCUCUUUGGCUUGUUGGGUGCCUUGAUAGCCAUGCUCCUGCCCAACUGGAGAACCAACUCCUACAUCGGCUCAAGCAUCGUUACUGCGGUUGGCUUCUCCAAGGGACUCUGGAUGGAGUGUGCAACCCACAGCACGGGCAUCACCCAAUGCGACAUCUACAGCUCUCUGCUCAGCUUGCCCACUGACCUCCAGGUGGCCCAGGCACUGAUGGUCACCUCCACUGCCGUCUCCUCGCUGGCAUCUGUCGUCUGUGUCGUGGGGAUGAGAUGCACCAUCUUCUCCCAGGGCUCCCCUGCCAAGGACUGGAUAGCUGUGUUUGGAGGGGCGGCCUUUGUGGUUGGGGGACUGCUCUGCUUCAUCCCCGUGGUGUGGAACAUCCACACGAUCCUCCGUGACUUCUACAACCCCAUUGUCCCUGACAGCAUGAAGUUUGAGAUUGGGGAAGCUCUCUACCUAGGCAUCCUCUCCUCCCUGACCUCCCUCAUUGGCGGCUUCAUCCUCUGUGCCUCCUGCCCCCCUCGGGAAACACAUGCACCCUAUUACAGCCCUUACCGUGCUAGAACCUUGGGCAGCAGGAACCCACCACCCCCCGACAUGACUCAAAAGACCAAGAGCGAGUUCAAUGCUUAUAACCUGACUGGCUACGUGUAA